GGCCGGAGGCGGGGCGGGGAGCAGGAUGCUGAGCCGCCUGCAGGAGCUGCGCAAAGAGGAGGAGACGCUGCUGCGGGUCAAGGCGGCGCUGCACGACCAGCUCAACCGCCUCAAGGUGGAGGAACUGGCCCUUCAGUCCAUGAUCAAUGCCAGGGAAGGGAACAUGACCAUCUCUUCUGCUGCUGUAAUGGAAGAGCAUCAAAAUAUGGACAACGAAGAAGCGAUCAAUCAAACUAAGCUGCAGUUACAGAUGCAUGUCGGGGAGGAGGAGGAGGAGGAAGAGGAGGAAUCGGAUUCCUAACACGGGGCCCGCAGCCUGACUGCCUUUUUAUCCCAGACUCAGGAACCUCCGUGUCCAUCGUUCAAGGAAAAUAUUUACUCAAGACUUUGCUUGGUGCUACAGAGACCAAACUACAUUCACAAAUGCAGCUGGGUUUCCCAAAGGCUUCCGGAGAUGAUGAUGAUGAUGAACUGUGGGUAUGAGUAGAGGUGUUGGGAGAAUGCAGCGCCGAUGCAUCACGAUGUAGCAUGUUUCCUUUUAAACCCACACUUUGAGCCAAGUAGCAUUUGGGAGGUGCAACACACAACUCUCGAAGCAAUAAUCUGUCGUAUGAAGCACCUACUGCUGGCAAAGAUGGUUGGAAAGUUACUAGUUCUAGGACGAUGGCACUAGCAAACCUCAUCAGGGUAAACCAUGUAACGAAAGGGAGAAAAUCCUUUGCAUGUAGUCCUUUUGUGCUGUGGCAUUGAAAAACACACACACCAACCACUGAUUAUAUAUGAGAUACCUAAUUCUAACCACCUUCGGUCUAUUAUAUUAAAACUUUCAACACUUCA